AAAAAAACGGUUCUCAGUGACAAGGGAAAGAUGGCGGCGCGCGCACGGCUGCCCUUGCUCUUCCCCAAAACGCUGCCUCCGCUUCAACGACAAAGGCCAGCACACACGGAGGCCGCUGCUGCCGCCGCCGCCGCCAAGGAGCCCGCGUACCCGCCCGUGGUCCCCUCCCUCACGGCCAAAAGCAAGGCGGCCCGGCAGCGGCAGGCCGACGAGCGGGUGCAGAGGAUCCGCGAGUCCCCCGUGGAGGAGAAGAUCUCCCUCUUCACGCGCAUCCAGCGGAAGAAGUUCGUGGUUUACCCCCAGACGUUCGCGCGGAACGCGGACAAAUGGUACCAGCACUUCACCAAGACCGCGUACAUCCCCGGGCUGCCCGAGAGGUUCGGCCCGGGGAGGAGGACGACGACGCCCGUGGCCGGGGAGGAGAGCUCACCUGCCGGCGGCGCACCUGCGCCGGCGCCGGCGGUGGACGGCGCUGCGUUCGCGGACAUCCGCUCCUUGGUCGGCCGCGUGAUCCUGCAGGAGCACUGGCACACGAAGAAGCGCAAAGCCUUCCUGUACCGAGAGCAGGAGCAGAACGUCGGGCCGUUUGUGAGGAACAUGGUGGCCGGACUCACGCACAGCGUCGGGAGGUUCAACCCGCUCCUGCGCCUCUCCAGUCUGGAUAUUGCUCCUCGGGUAAACUUUUAUUGGAGGAGAGGACAGAGAAUCAUCCCAAAGGGGCACCGGAGAGGCCGACUGGAGCCGACCAGGUUCCAGAUCGAUGAUGAACCGCAGUGCCAGAUCAGGAUAACGCAACAACUGCAACAGUUUGCCCCGCUGGAGGCCUCUUAUGCAGCCGACGUUCCAGAGGUCAGCUUUGCUCCUGACCUGAUGCCUCUGUUCAGACGGCAGUACGACAACCACAUCUUUACAGGUGCCAAGCUACCAGACCCGGCGUGCUACGGUCACACUCAGUUCCACCUGGUGCCCGACCGGUACCACAGAGACCGGAUGGCUCGGCGGCAGCAGUCUGAUCAAGUGGAGGUCUUCCUCCGAGCCAACGGACUCGCCAGCCUCUUCGCCUGGACGGGGGCUCAGGCCAUGUACCAGGGUUUCUGGCCCCACGAGGACGUCCGCAGACCUUUCGUGUCCCAGGCCGUGAUCACGGACGGGCAGUUCUUCUCCUUCUUCUGCUACCAGCUCAACACAGUGGCCCUCUCCGUGGAGACGGACGCCAGCAACCCCCGGAAGAACCUCCUGUGGGGCACCGAGAGCCUGCGGCUGUACGAGAGCGUGCAGGACGGAGAGGUGGUCGGCCUGGACGACGGCGUCGUCAAGCUCCUGGUUCAGUUCCUCAUGAACCAGCCGUAGACGUCAGUCUGGUUUCUGUCCGAGGAAAAUAAAAGAACGUCCCGGCUGAGAUUCUGUAAAAAUCCAAGUGGAAAAGCUAUCGGAAAGCGUGUCGGACAGGAGGAAGUUUGUCCGAUUGUAUAAAAUGUAUUCAGAAAAGACAUUAAACUGGCUCGUGAGUAUGAAAGCGUAUGAUUAAUGUGCAGACUGUAGCCUAUUUAUGGCAAAAAUAAAAUCUUACUUUUCAGAUUGA